UGCCGCAAAGCACGUGGAGCCCUGGGUGUGCUGGGGCAGCUGGAGGCUCUUCUCCGGGCGAGCCGGUUCCUCCCCGCUGUCAGGCAGCUUUGGGGGGCGCCGUUGAGCGCUCAGGAUGGCGACCCCUGCCCGCUCCCAGGGGCCUCGGGCCGUCUGUGCACCGUGAGCAGGACGGAGCCACCCGAUUGAUUUCCUACUCCAGUGUCUGACACACCUUAGCGGGCGCCCUGGAUAGAGUGGGUUGCUGAAGGUGGAAAUCCUGUCUCAAGUGAGAUUGGAGCGGGUGGAUGCAGAUGUGACUCCUGCCCUGGGCUGCGCUCCCAGCAUGGCUGACACCAUCUUCAGCAGUGGAAAUGAUCAGUGGGUUUGCCCCAAUGAUCGGCAGCUUGCUCUGCGAGCCAAGCUGCAGACGGGCUGGUCUGUGCACACCUACCAGACGGAGAAGCAGAGGAGGAGCCAGUGCCUGAGCCCCGAAGAGCUGGAGGUCAUCCUUCAGGUCAUCCAGAGAGCAGAGCGGCUGGACAUCCUGGAGCAGCAGCGGAUUGGGCGGCUGGUGGAGCGGCUGGAGACCAUGCAGCGGAACGUGCUGGGCAACGGCCUCUCCCAGUGUCUGCUGUGCGGGGAGACGCUGGGCUUCCUGGGCAGCUCCUCCGUGUUCUGCAAAGACUGCAGGAAGAAAGUCUGCACCAAAUGCGGAAUCGAGGCCUCCCCUGGCCAGAAGCGGCCCCUGUGGCUGUGUAAGAUCUGCAGUGAGCAAAGAGAGGUCUGGAAGAGGUCAGGGGCCUGGUUCUACAAAGGGCUCCCCAAGUACAUCUUGCCCCUCAAGACUCCUGGCCGGGCUGAUGACCCUCACUUCCGACCUCUGCCUGUGGAGCCCAUAGAACCACGGCCUCAGAGUGCUGAAGCCAGCCGCAUCUACACAUGGGCCCGAGGGAGAGUGGUUUCUAGUGACAGUGACUCGGAUCUCAGCUCCUCCAGCCAGGAGGAGAAACCCAUGCCCACUGGGGUCAAGGGCACAAAAGGUGACAAGCCUAGAGGGGACUCAGGGGGCAGCAUGGAGUCACCCCGGUUGGGGCCUGCCCGCCCACCCAGCCAUCUUUCGGGCAGCCAGAGCAGCCUGGCCAGCGAGAGUGGGGCAGGUGCUGCAGACCCGCCGGGAGGCACCCCACCACGGCUUGAGCCCAGGGUACCCGGCAAAAGACAUACACGCACAACUUCCCGCUACUGACGUGGCUGGCUGGCAUCCCUAGGCUGAGGCAGAUUCUCCAGAAGAAGAUUAAGAGCAAAGAUGGACAGGGUGCCAGGCUCCUCUCUGAAGGUUCUUGAGGCCUCAAAAGCACCCUACUGGCCUUGACCAACUCAACAAACCAGUAUUUGGGGACCAAGUAUGCUUGCCCCCACCCAGUAGUGCCUUGCUUCCCCUGGGCAGAAAGUCUCCUAUCUGCCACUUCACUCAGCACCCCCCUUUAUUUAUUGCCCCCCACCCGUCCCAUUUAUUCCCAUGUUUUGAUUUGCUUGGGUCUUGGGCUGGGCUGGAAGGGCCUUCCUGUAUGCACUGAAGUUUUGGUGGGGCCACACGGGGCUUUCUUUGUACCAAUGCUGAGAACUCUAGCCCUGAGUAUGACCCUGAAGAGCUGAACACCUCCUAGCUUGAGCCUGGAGCACCCACGCCUUUCCCCUCCUUCACUGAUGGAGGCCUAAGCAUCGCCCUGUCUACCCCAGGCUAGCCCGGGGGCUGGGUUCAACCAGCCCUGAUGAUUCCCUGAAGCCCCUGUUGUUCUACAGCUUUUUGCUCCACCCAGGCUCCCAGCUCCCCUAAGACAUUUAAAACACUUUUCACUCUUCAGUGGAAAACAAGGCUCCCAUCCUCCCUCAUGCUCACUGGCCCAGCCUGGGAGCUUCGAAUUCUCAAACCAGAGAAGGCAUGAAAAAUACUCAAAAUACAGAUGCUUUGGGAAACCCUCUCCCUGGGUGAGGUGCUGUGGGUCCAUGUCCUUCCUCCCUCUUAGUCUAGUUCAUCCUCCCCCACCACCCUCCCUUCAUCCGUGGAGGGCUUUCUCCCCAAGGCCGUUAUUAGCCUUUGCCAUUGCUGCUGGCAGAGGACAAACUCACCAUUUCCCUGUGAUAUGUAAUACUUCAGCAUUAAAAUAAUAAACGUGAAAACGUUCA